AUGGGAAAAGCAUGGUUCUUGCUUACCAAACUGCACUCCCUUGCUUGGCCUGGAUUGACGUUGGCUUACCCUUUAUACGCAUCAAUGAUGGCCAUGGAGGGCGGCGACACAUCGAAACCAGACGUUCAGCAGUGGCUUGCUUAUUGGAUCAUGUACGCUUUACUCUCUCCGUUGGGGAUGAUUCUCCAACCCCUGUUACAAUGGAUACCGUUCUGCUACGACGUGAAGCUUGUGUUGGUGGCAUGGUUAGUUCUACCACAGUUCGGAGGGGCACGUUUCUUGUAUGAGAAAUAUGUGAGAGACCAUGCCCUUAGGCUUAUAGGUCGCAAAGACCAUCCAAGACAUCAAGUAGCAACCUCGAGACCAUUUCAACCCGCACCAGGGAUUUUGCCCAAUGCUGGGGACACAAGUACUCAUCGUUCCAACUCGCCCAAUGCUCAGGAUGCAAGUUCUCAUCAAUCUUACAAACCCAAUGCUCGGGACACAAGUACUCAUCCGUCCAACACACCUAAUGCUCGGGACGCGAGUACUCAUCAGUCCAACACUGCCAAUGUUCGGGACACGAGUACUCAUCCGUCCAACAUAGCUAAUACUCGAGACACAAGUACUCGUGUUGGACGGAUGUCCUCAACUGGCGGAGGAGAGAACAGGGUUGUGCAUAAGCUGGGAAAACUUAGGUCAACUUGGAAGAAUCUUGCUCGUCGUCACACGAGGUGGUAG